AAAACAUAUCCGAUAUACAACAAAAAUCAAUAGAAAAUGACAUAGUUCUCUUUCGUUAUUGUUCAGAAAGUAUAAAGUACCUACUUUAUAUUCACUUUUUUUCUUUAUAAAAUUAAAAAUAAUAUGACGGAAACUGCAGUAGACUAAGUGUGGUGAUUGGACCUGCAGUACUUACCUAUCGAAAAAUGUUUAUAUUAUAGCACCUACGCAUUACUCGUAUAAUAUACAUAAAUAUAUUAUCGAACGACAAAAUGCUGCAGGGGUUGUUGUCGAUGCUGAAGCGGUUACGAUCGUCGCCGGACAAAGAGCUUCGCAUCCUGCUGCUGGGUCUGGACAACGCGGGAAAGACGACGUUGAUGAAGAAACUCGCGUCCGAAGACGUUUCGCACAUAACGCCCACGCAGGGUUUCAAUAUUAAAUCCGUUCAAGCAGAUGGCAUGAAACUGAACGUAUGGGAUAUUGGUGGACAACGUAAGAUAAGACCGUAUUGGCGCAAUUAUUUCGAAUUCACCGACAUACUAAUUUACGUUGUGGACAGCGCAGACAGAAAACGCGUGGACGAAACAGGAUUCGAAUUGAACGAACUGCUCAACGACGACAAAUUAGUCGGUGUACCAGUGUUGGUAUACGCUAACAAACAAGAUUUGGCGCUGGCAGCAAAAGCUUCGGAAAUAGCGCAAGAACUGAAUUUGCAUUUAAUUCGCGAUCGGCCGUGGCAAAUACAGGCUUGUUCGGGUAUACGCGGGGAAGGCAUCAAAGAAGGAUUGGAAUGGAUCAGUCAAAAUGUAAAAAAGAAGUAAUAAUGUUAAUUUAUUGAAUAUUUUUCACUCUAAUUACUUUAUAGUUUGUUUCAUAGGUUUAUGUAAGAAUUACUAAUUAGUGUAAUAUUUUAUUAUAAUAUUUUUUUAAACAUGUAAAAUAUAUAUAUAUAAAAAAAUUAUAUAUUAUGUAUUUAAAAUAAACGUUUUUACUUAUAUCUAUUCCUGCUAUAAAUUAUACAAUAUGUUAAUUAAAUAAUAUAAUAAUCUAUUGUUACGUGUAUCUAUAGGUUAGGUGACUCGUAUAACUGAAUAUGUUACUAAUGAAAAACGAAUGUCUUACGAUUAAGAUUAAUUAAUUUUAAACUUCUCUGAAGUCAAUAAAUCUUGUAAAACAUCAAAACAAUAUUAAAUACUAGAAUUUGAUUUAUUUUAACGUUUUACAAAUAUGUUGGUUAGGUAUGGGUACCUACUUAUUAUUGGAAAAUGUUCACAUAAAGAGUUCGUCAUAUAUGCAUUUCCUAUAUACUUAAUAAGUAUUGCGUUUCAUAAUGUCAGCGUGUUCAUUUUUACAAUAAUGUUUUACAAAUUAUAACAAAAUAGCUGACCACAAUUUUAGAUUAAUUUGUGAAUCGCUUAUUAACCAUCAACAAUCAUUUAAUUGGCCGUAAUAAAAUCGUUAGGCUCGGAAACAAUUUUGAUUUGGUAGGUACCCAAUACCAAUAACGGCUAUAAAAUAUUACAUUGAUCUCGGUAUGUUGUAUAAAAUCAUCAAAAACAACGGUGCACAAAUAAAUUGACGCGUAUAUUGUAGAAAACGAAUUACAAUAUCAAUUAAAUAUUUUAUGAAGCUAUUCAUAAUAUUAAUGUACCAAUACACUUUAUCGAUAAUAUAAUAUUGAGUUUGUUUUUUUUGCAGUUAGGAUGGUGUAUUAUCAACUAACGGUACUUGGAUCUAGUACGAAAGACAUAAUUGUUUGUUUGGAACUCUUUAUAUUUAUAUUAUUACAAAAUGUAUCAUUAGAGUUCCAUCUGCACUUCCAUAAAAGGUAUUAUUAAAAA